AUGGCGUCGGUCGCGUGCAUCCAGUGGAUCCGCGACGAGCUGGAGGCGCACGGCGACCUCAAGGAGCUGAGCCCGCCGCUGGUGGAGACCAAGUCGCUGUGCGAGUUCGUGACGGACGGCCGCGCGCUGUGCCUGCUGACCAACGCCGUGCUGGAGGGCGAGGAGAACGAGCUGCCCAAGAAGCUGCAGCGCUCGCUCAAGCAGCUGAGCAAGUUCCACGCGCUCGAGCGCGUGCAGUUCUUCAUCAAGUGGUGCCGCACGCGCGCGCUGCUGGAGGAGCACCAGGUCUUCACCACGGUGCAGCUGCUGGACGAGGUGAACGAGACGGCCGUGUCCGAGACCAUCGUGGCGCUGCGCAACAAGACGCGCCCCGGGCUGCGCGCCUCCAACCCGCUGUCGCAGUACUACUUCGACGGCGACAGCAAUAACAACGCGGCCGGCCGCGCGUCCACGAGCAGCACCACGAGCACGGGCAGCGGCAGCGGCGCCAACAACGCCAACCGCCUCAGCUCCUUCCUCAACAAGUUCCCGUCGGCACCUGUGGUGGCCACCAAGGCCUCGCAGCCCAAGCCGCCCAUGUCGGGCCACCGCGCGUCCCUCACGUCCAGUGUGGCCAGCAGCAACCCGUCCCCGAGGCCCGACCUGGAGGACCCCGUGCCGGCGGACGAGGACAACAACAACAAGUCGAGGCUGCGCAUCCCGUCCAUCUUCAGCAAGAGCAGCAGCAACGGCAACAACAAUGCCACUCCCCGCAGCAGCGUGCUGAGCAACCCGUCGUCCACGGCCUCCACGGCCAAGGAGGAGGGCAACGAGGCGCGCUCCCGCUCGUGGUCCAGCAAGCUCUCGGCCUUCUCGCGCAGCGUCUCCACGUCGUCCAACGCGUCGGCCCCGCAGUCCACGCCCACGCCCAUUACCCCGUCGGCUGGAGAGCAGGGCCACAACACGCCGACUUCGUCGCCGCCUGCCUCCCCGCACAAUAGAGUGAGCAUCCCCUCGGCCUUCUCGGCACCGGCUCCUGCUGCCCCCAAGUCCAUGUCGAAGCUGUCGGCGUUCUUGAGCAGCGUUGAGCCGUCGUCGUCGGUGGGACCCGCGUCGAGUGCGCCGUCUCAGGACAAGAAGGCGCCGGAGCCGGCCGUGGAGGCCACGCCCGAGGAUGACGAGGAGCCUGCGAUUGAGGACAACCAGGCGGAGGAGGAAGCCGAGCACACGCCCAUUGAGGAGGAGGUCCCUGCUGAAGAGAGCGCCACGCCCGAGGUCGAAGCCGUGCAUGAGCCGCUGGAGAAGCCGCCCUCAAGCUCCAAGCUGUUCGCCUUCCUGCAGGCCGUUGAGCCGGCUAGCGUCGACCCGCCGAAGGUGGAGGUUGAAGCUCCGGAGGAAGACGACGAUGACUUCGUUGCAGUGGAAGCGGAGGAGGCCGUUUCGACGGAAGAGGAGACCCCGGCCGUGGAGGAGGAAGUCGCCCCUGUUGAGAAAGAGGAAGAGGCUCCCGUGGAGAAGGAAGUAGUCGCAGCUGAGAGCGAGGAAGUGCAGGAACAGGCGGUCGAGGAAGUUGCAGAAGCCGCCCCUGAGGUGCACGACGAGGUGGUGGAGGAGACUCAGGUGGAAGUAUCCAAGGAAGUGGCCUCGGACGAGGAGAUCGAGGAGGCUCCUGAGGACGAAACCCCGGAGAAGUUGGAAGUGGAGGCUGCUGCUGUCGUAGAAGCCGCUACACCCUCACCGGAGCUUGUCCAGGAGAACGAGCGUCUCGCCGCGGAGAACGAGGCUCUUGCUCAGAAGCUGGAAGUCGCUGAAACUGCCGUUUCAACAAAGGACACAGAGCUGGAGGCGCUCAAGCAGGAGCUCGAGCAGCUGAAGGCACAGCUUGCGGAGGAGCAGGCCAGUGCACACGAGAAGAUUCAGUCAGCAGAGAAGAAGCAGGAGUCGCUCGCCGCGGAGGCUGCCGAGGCCCGUGCCGAGCUGGCCAAGUCGCAGAAGGACGCCAGCGACGCAGCAUCGGCUGUGAAGGAGGCAAAGGAGGCAAAGAGCCAGGUGGAGGAGCUGUCCACGCAGAACGAGAGUCUGAAGUCCGACUUGGCGAGCCUCCGUGAAGAAGUACAGACCCUCGAGCAGUCCGUGCAGCUCGCGCGCGACAGUGAGGAGGCAGCAAGGUACGCGGCGCAGGUCGCGUUUGCAGCUCGUGACUCUGCGGACGAGGUGAACCAGCAGUUGAAGGACCAGCUCGCGCAGCUCGAAAAGUAGACCAGGACACUGUAGGCCAAGCAUGUACGCAAAGAUCAAAGGCCAAAGAAGCGUGAGGUAACGAGAUGAUUAAUUUU